UGAGGUGGCCAAACAGCCUACAAUCAGUCCAUUCUUCACUCUCUGACAGAAUCUAUAUGUUUUGUUCGAUUAGUUCGGGUCUGUCAUCCUGCAGACAUGUUCCUAGAGAACUGUGAUUUGUCUCUUGAUCAAUAUUAAGCAAGUCCUGUCGGCAAAUUCCUGCUUCACCAUCGUUUAUUCAUAUGAACACAACUGUCUCUGAACGCCCCCUCACUCACCGCCUCUCCAGAGCCGCCUCAAAGAAUUACGACCAAAAAGCAACAGGGAUACAUGUCUAAACAGCCAAGUUUCUGAGGAUGAGCAUGAGUGACAAGACUCUGAACGUACAUAACAGAACUCUUAGUAACCGUCUAUUAGAGUCUGAGCUCGUCAUGGGGGGACAGAUCAACUGUCCUCACUGUGCAUGUCAUUACCGCAUCACCAUACGGCCAGAAAAGAGCGCUGAUCGAAGCCACACGCCAGGUGCGCUCUGAACAUCCAUGACAGUCGAGGGUUUGGCAAAUCACUAGGAGGAGAAGCAGUAGGAUUUCUGCCAUGAAAUCUCUCUAAGAGGAGAAAAGCAGCGAAACCUAGAAAAUCUACACCCACCCACGGGCAGGAGACAGGGGGAGAGAGAAAGAAAGAGAGAGAGAGAGAGAGAGAGAGAGAGAGAGAGAGAGUGUGUGUGUGUGAGUGGAGGGGAGCGUGAAAGAGUGGGGGGAGAAAGAGCGAGGGAUAACAGUCGAUGGAUGCUGCUUGGACGCUCUGGUCGGUACAAUCUUCAGUGACAAGGACCAGAGAGCUGCAGGGAUGGAUGGGAAGGGAAGACACAUUCCUCCAGCCAUGGUGUGGUGCGAGCGGGGAAUUCAGGUGCUUCUCACCACUGUGGGAGCAUUCGCAGCCUUCGCCUUGAUGACCGUAGCCAUUGGCACGGACUACUGGCUGUACGCUCGGGCCUUUAUCUGCAACAGCACUGCCAACUCCUCUCAGGAUGACCCCCACAACAAGGACAAGAAGGAUCCUGGAGCCCUCACCCACUCCGGCCUCUGGAGAAUUUGCUGCCUGGAAGGAUUGAAGAGAGGAGUAUGUUCCCAGAUUAAUCAUUUCCCAGAUGAUGCUGAUUAUGAUCAGGAUGCUGCAGAGUAUCUUUUACGUGUAGUCAGGGCCUCCAGUAUAUUUCCUAUCCUCAGUGCCAUAUUAUUGCUGCUAGGUGGAGUGUGUGUGGCUUCUAGUCGGUUCUACAAAACCAAAAGACACAUCAUUUUGGGAUCAGGCAUUUUGUUUGUAGUGGCAGGCCUGAGCAACAUCAUAGGUGUCAUUGUAUACAUCUCGGCGGCUCUCAGCGACAUCUCUCCCAAAAAGGACGAGGACAAGAAGUGGCAUUACUCCUACGGCUGGUCCUUCUACUUCGGCGGCUUGUCGUUCAUCCUGGCGGAAGUGGUGGGCGUGCUGGCCGUCAACAUCUACAUCGAGCGCAACAAAGAACUGCGCUGCCGCUCACGCACCGACCUCUUCCGCAGCACGACCUCGGCUGUGUUACGCCUGCCGGGAUACCGCUUCCGCCGGCGCUCCUCUCGCUCCAGCUCGCACUCCACAGCGGAGCCGACCCGCUCCCGUGAGCAGUCCCCCACCUCCGCCAUCGCACCCAAGAACUUCGGCCCGCCACUGGCCGCCGGCCCACCGCCCUUUUCAGUAGCCACGCUUCCCAAUCCGCACACACACUCCGGAGGAGGCAUGGGGGAUAUAUCCAUGUACACACUUGGCAGGGAAGGUAAGCCGCCCAUGUACGGUACAGUCGACCGGGCCACGCUCUACCAGCUGCACAAUUACUUUCCGAAAGAGGGCGGCGGCGGAGCGCUUAUGACGGGAACGCUGCCCUCUCUCUCUAAGUCGAACCUAGCUGCAUCGACCAACGCCACCCUCAACACUUCGUCUUCCUCCGGCCCCCAGCAGGCGCCGAUGUCCGCCGGCUCCUCCGCCACCAUGGAGAGGGAUCGAGGGAUGGGAACCUUGGAUCGGCUUGGCAAAGGAGACAGUUCAAACACUAACACUCUCAACAGGAGAACAACACCUGUGUAACGAAAGACUGGAGGGGGAGGGAAGAGUGAUGGGGAAAAGAAGCGAUUACAUGAACUGGAAGUAAAAAGGGAAACGGGGAACAGGAGAGGGGAAAACGAGCAAGAAAGGGCUGAGAAAGAAAGCAAGGUCCGCUUGCAAGACGACAAAGAAGUGAAUAAGAAGGCAAUACAUUCUCUUUAUUUCUGAACAUGGUGACUUGAGUAACAGAAUUCCAUCCGCACUACUUAUUGAUUCAUGUUGAAAUACUCGAUGUGUGUGAUGGUGAUCUUUCAGUUCUUCGAGCUCUUUCAUUUCCCGUGCUUUAUCAUCAGGUUAUGCCUGUAACUUAUUUAGCAUUCCAAUAUAGUUGAUGUUUUUAUUUUAUUAUUAUGCUAAUUGUUGUUGCUGGGUUAACUUAUACAUUCUACAUUUUCUUUCAAGGUAUUUCGUUUUUGCACAAUUAUCCAUUUUAAUUUAUUUCCUCUCGAUUGAUGAACUCAAACUGUGAUUUUUUUUCUUGCACCUGUUGACACUAUAUUUCACGAUGUCAUUCAGUGUCAAGCGCGUGUUAGUUUUGCGAGAGUGCAACGACUAUUAUUAUGAUGAUGACAUUUUUUAGUUUUUACAAAGAUUGUUAAUAUUUAGACCUGUGGAAUUUUUCAUUGUAACCGUAAGUGUACAAGUAGUUAAGUCUUCAUAUAAAUAUAUUUUAUUUAUUUAUCAAAAAAAGAUAAUAAUUAUAAUGGACUACUUUUGAGACUGAAAGUCAAAAAGAGAAAAAGAAAGAGGCAGAAUACAGAAGUGAAAGGCAUUCAUUCCAGGGGAGCAAUACGUAUACCUAAAAAACCUCACCAGAAAAGACAAAAAAAUCUAUUAAAUAUAUAGUAUAUUAUGAACAUAACUAUAUAUAUACAUAUAUAUAUAAUUGUGUGUGCGUGUGUGUGGAAAAACUUUUUUGGUAAAAUAAAAUAUAUUCUAUGAAUGUGUAAAACUGAGAUCUAUGUGCAUACUGUUAGCAGUUUUGACUGCAGUAUAUUAUUUUCAUGUUUAUUUGUAACUUUGUAUGCAUGAUUUAUAUCUAAUAUAUGAUAUAUUCAUAAUGCUCUGUUUUUUGGCUUUGUGUGUAUUGCGUUUAUGUGCUCACGCGGAUUGAUUUGGGAUGACAGAUGAGGGUCAAAAGAAAGGUCAUCAUCAAGACCCAGAAGACUAGAAAGGGAUUUGAUACACCACACUUUAUACUCAUAUUUUUACAUAAAAAACAUGCAUUUAUCCUCGAAUUAAGUUUUAGUUUAAAAAAUGUUACCACAGUACAACUAUGGGAAGUGAAAAAUGUGUAUCCAAGAGGACGGCUGUACACCACCUGGUAAUCAUCGCCAGUGACAGCCCUUAAAGGGCACCUAAAAAGUGAGCUGGCUUUUAAGAAAACUCAUAAGUGACCAUUUGGAAUGUUUUAAUAGACAACAACUUAUUAAGCCUCUAAUGUGAAGCACACCUUCCUUGACAUUAGCACUGCGCUAAUGAAGCAUUACUGAGC